AUGUUCAUCACUCCCAAAGUUCCUCUUAAUUCCUUCCGUCACCACGUCUUCGCCGAUAAGCGUAAUUUCAUGGGAGUGCCAAAUACAUUGAAUGUGAUGACCAACUUCCCCUUUCUAAUUAUUGGUGUUCUCGGCUUCGUUCUCUGCAUUGGAGGAAGCUUCUUCAAUAUAAGUUUGAAAGGUGAGAUCUGGGGAUGGACACUGUUCUACGCAAGCAUUUCAAGCUUGGCCUUUGGCUCUGCUUUUUAUCAUCUCAAACCUGAUGACAACAGAAUGAUCUUUGACACUCUGCCUAUAAUGACUGCAUAUUCGUCUCUUUUCUCUAGUUUUUUGGUUGAGAGAGCGGGAGAGACAGUGGGACUUAGUUGCCUCGUCUUGCUUCUAUUCAUAUCAUUUCUCAGCGUUGGUUACGCCAGAGUGUUUAAUGAUCUCCGGUUAUGCAUGACGUUCCAGUUGAUUCCCUGCCUUGCGAUUCCCGUCAUGGCGGUUUUGUUACCUCCCAAGUAUACUCACUCUAAGUUCUGGCUCUGCGCAACAGCGGCUUACGCUAUUGCAGAGAUUGAAGGACUUGCAGACAACAAAAUAUACAAUGCGAAUCGAUAUAUCAUCAGUGGACAUUCGCUGGGGCAUUUGUGUAGAGCCUUGGCUACGGUUUUACUCACCGUUAUGCUUUUGAAUCGGAGCAUUCGGUUUCAUAGAUUAGGUGAUCUCAAAGGACAUCCUUGA